CAUACAGUUCUGUGGUUUUUUCCAUUUACCCACACAAAAUGGAACCCAAGAGACGACACAGCUGAGGAAAUUACAGAGUCUUUACCAAUGAAAGUCGUUCAAGUCUGCAUAGAUUUCAGCUGAAACAAACAACCACCAGCUUCUCCACAGCAUAGAAUAGAACAGGGGAAAAUGAACAUCACUAACUGUACCCCGGAAGCCAGUGUGGCUGUGAAACCCAAGACCAUCACGGAGAAGAUGCUCGUUUCCAUGACUCUGGCGAUGAUCACCACCCUGACUAUGCUGCUAAACUCCGCCGUGAUCGUGGCCAUCUGCACCACCAAGAAGCUCCACCAGCCUGCCAACUACCUGAUCUGCUCUCUAGCCGUGACGGAUCUCCUGGUGGCCGUGCUUGUCAUGCCCUUGAGCAUCAUGUACAUCGUCAUGGAGAGCUGGAAGCUGGGGUACUUCAUCUGCGAGGUGUGGCUGAGUGUGGAUAUGACCUGCUGCACCUGCUCCAUCCUUCAUCUCUGUGUGAUCGCCCUGGACAGGUACUGGGCCAUCACCAAUGCUAUCGAGUACGCCAGGAAGAGGACCGCCAAGAGGGCCGGGCUGAUGAUCCUCACGGUCUGGACCAUCUCCAUCUUCAUCUCCAUGCCCCCUCUGUUCUGGAGGAGCCACCGCCAACUCAGCCCACCCCCUAGUCAGUGCACCAUCCAGCACGACCACGUCAUCUACACCAUCUACUCCACACUCGGGGCAUUCUACAUUCCCUUGACUCUGAUACUGAUUCUGUAUUACCGGAUUUACCAUGCAGCCAAGAGCCUUUACCAGAAAAGAGGUUCAAGCCGGCAUUUAAGCAACAGAAGCACCGACAGCCAAAACUCGUUCGGCAGUUGUAAACUGACACAGACGUUCUGUGUGUCUGACUUCUCCACCUCAGACCCUACCACAGAGUUUGAGAAGAUCCACACCUCCAUUAGGAUUCCUCCCUUUGACAAUGACCUAGAUCACCCAGGAGAACGCCAACAAAUCUCCAGCACCAGGGAGCGCAAGGCAGCACGAAUCCUGGGUCUGAUUUUGGGUGCGUUCAUCUUGUCGUGGCUGCCAUUCUUCAUCAAAGAAUUGAUAGUAGGUCUGAGCACCUAUGCUGUGUCCUCCGAAGUGGCUGAUUUUUUGACCUGGCUUGGUUAUGUGAAUUCUCUGAUCAACCCUCUGCUCUACACAAGUUUCAAUGAAGACUUUAAGCUGGCUUUUAAAAAGCUUAUUCGGUGCCGAGAACAUACUUAGAUUGUAAAAACUCAGAGGGCUUGACUUUUACCAGCCUCAUGAGUGCACGGGGGUAGGGGAUGCAGCUUAUUAAUUCUUGAACAUAGUUGGUUCAGGAGAGUUUGUAAGUACAUGUGGUCUUGUUUUGUCUUUUUUUCUUUUUCUGUUUUGUUAUUUUGUGUGCUGUUUUCUACCUCUGGUCUUAUUUGUGGUACAUAAUUUCAAAUAAACACUAUCAAACAAAAACA